UGGCCAGAGCAGACAGAAGAGAAAGAGGAGCUCAAGCUGAGCUUUCGCUUGCUGUCCACCACUGCUGAAUGCCGCCAUCACAGACCCAAUGCUGACUUCCACUCCUCUGGAUCCGGCAGGGUGUCUGCUGUGCUCUGAACUAGUGAGGCGGCCAUUGCCACUCCCAUUUGGGCUAAAGGCUCGCCAUUGUUCCUGCAUGGGGAGGCGGAUUUGCCUUGAUGAAGGCAUCGCCCGCAACGAAUUGUUCCUCUUCUUCACCACCAUCCUCCAGAACUUCUCCGUGGCCAGCCCCGUGGCUCCUGAAGACAUCGAUCUGACACCCCAGGAGAGUGGUGUGGGCAAAAUACCCCCAACGUACCAGAUCCGCUUCCUGCCCCGCUGAAGGGGCUGAGGGAAGGGGGUCAAAGGAUUCCAGGGUCAUUCAGUGUCCCCAUCUCUGUAGACAGUGGCUCUGACUCCCCGCAACUUCCUGCCUCUGAGAGACCUGCAGCAAGCCAGCUUCCUUCCCCUCCAUGGCACCAGUUGUCUGAGGUCACAUUGCAAGUGAGUGGAGGAGCGAGAUUAUUGAAA